AUGCCCAACCCUCCUCACCAGGCCCACAAUCCCGAGGUUGUCGAGCUUGACGCCUCAGCACCCAUCCAGGAUAUUGUGGAAGUCAUCAAAAGGGACGGCGGAAUUAUCAUCAAGAAUUUUCUCAGUCCGGAGACCAUCGACAAGAUCCACGAGGAAGCUCAACCCUACUGGGGAAAGCUUGGAACCUACCAGGGCAAGCUAUUUGACGCUGGCGACCCCCCGUUGAGCGGCUUUGCAGGGAAGUCACCAACCUUUUCUCACAAGGCCAUCAACCACCCAACCUUCAGGGAGGUUGCCAAAGCCCUUCUGAAAGAGGAGUCAAACGUGUACCGUGACGGAAAGAGAUACACUUGCGUCUCGAACCCCGUCUUGGCUGUUUCUGAAGCCUUCAAUCGCGGCUCUCCCUCAACUGCUCAGCAACUUCACCGAGAUGACAUGGCGCAGCACUUUGAUCAUCUUGAGGGCAGUGGUGAAAGCUCACUGCUUGGACUUUUGGUUGCUGGAGUGGACACCAACUUUGUGAAUGGCGCGACCCAAGUCAUUGUUGGAUCUCACAAAUGGCCCGAAGCUGCCAUCAAAGGCCCUGCCGAUAGGUCCCUCUGCUCGACAUGCGAAAUGAGUAAGGGGGAUGCUGUUUUUAUCAUUGGAAGCAUCUGGCACGGUGCAGGGGAGAACAAGACAAACCCCCCCGAGCGACGAAUCAUUUACUCAUGCCACAUGACUCGCGGCUCCCUCAGAGCUGAUGAGAACCAAUAUCUGGCCAUCGAACAUGACACCAUCAAGACCUACGAUCCCGAGGUUCAGGCGCUUCUUGGAUAUUCAGUCAGUCAUCCCAACUGUGGCCACGUGGACAUGAAGGACCCCAUCACGCUGCUCGGAAGCAAGAGUGAUCCCUUCGGAUACGGCGACUUUGGUGGGAAGCAAGCCGUCAAGGCUGCUUAG